UAACUCUGCCCCUCUGGGUCCCUUCCAGGCUCCUCCUCGCACUCCAUGAAGUAUUUCUACACUGCCGUGUCAGAGCCCAAUCAGGGGCUGCCCCAGUUUGUCUCUCCGGGGUAUGUGGACGAUCAAAUCUUCGUUUACUAUGACAGCAACACCAGGAUGAGGCAGCCUCGAGUCUCCUGGAUGGAGGAGGUGGGGAAGAAGGACCCCCAGUAUUGGAAGACUGAAACCCAGAAUGCACGUGCCAAUGAGGAGCUGUUCAGAGCAGACCUGGAGACUGUGCAGACUCGCUACAAUCAGAGCGAAGGCCUUCACACCUGGCAGUUGAUGUACGGCUGUGAGCUCCGGGGAGAUGGGAGCGAAGGAGGAUUUUUGCGCUUUGGCUAUGACGGGAGGACUUUCAUCACUUUCGACAAGGAGACCCUCACCUGGGUGGCUCCUGACCCAUAUGCCCAGGUCACCCAGAGGAAAUGGGAUGCUGUUCCAGGAUAUAAUCAUGGAAGGAAGGCCUACCUAGAGGAGGAGUGCAUUGAGUGGCUGAAGAAGUACUUGUCCUACGGGAAGGAGACGCUGCUGAGGACAGAGGCCCCAGUGGUGACUGUGAGCAGCAGGAUGGAGGCCGACGAUGGGAUGGAAACUCACGUCUGCCGCGUGGAUGGCUUCUACCCCAAGGAGAUCGACGCCUCCUGGAGGAGGGACGGGGAGGUCUGGCUGCAGGACACCUUCCGUGGGUCUGGGCCCCCCAAUGCAGAUGGGACCUACCACUACUGGCUCAGCAUCCGGAUCGAUCCCAAGGAGAGGGACCGCUAUCAAUGCCACGUGGAGCAUGACGGCCUCCGGGAGCCUGUGGACAUGGCCGUGAAGGAAUCUAACUUGGGGCUCAUCCUUGGCUGCGUUGUGGCUGUUGUGGCU